AUGUGCUCGGCUCCAGGACUGGCCCACUCCUCCCCGGGAGACCAGGUAGUGUGGGGCCCGAGUGAGGGAGGCGCUUCCCGCCUGGCUGGUGCAGGUUAUGCGGAGCGUCACCGCCAUCACGUGUGCUCAUGCUUCAGGCCCAUGGCGUGCUCUAGGUGGCAAAUCCCUUAUCAAGAGCUGGCCAUCGCUCCUCGGACGCACAGAGAACAGUGCAACCCUGGAACUCGUCCUGUUGAGAAAAAAAUACCUGCAAAAACUGUAAAGCCUGUGGAAAACCAAGAUGACGACGACUCUAUAGCGGAUUUUCUCAAUAGUGACGAGGAAGAGGACAGAGUUUCUUUGCAGAAUUUAAAGAAUUUAGAGGACUCUGCAACGUUAAGAACAUUACUGCUCAAUCCCCACCUACGACAGCUGAUGGUCAGCCUGGACCAGGGGGACAACAAAGCGAAGCUCAUGAGAGCCUGCAUGCAGGAGCCCUUGUUUGUGGAGUUUGCAGACUGCUGUUUGCGAAUCGUGGAGCCCUCCCAGAGCGAGGACUCCUAGGAUGACUUAGUGUGCUGCUCGCCCACGCACGUGCUCAGCUCCCAGGACUGGCCCACUCCUCCCCGGGAGACCAGGUAGUGUGGGGCCCGAGCGAGGGAGGCGCUUCCCGCCUGGCUGGUGCAGGUUAUGCGGAGCGUCACUGCCAUCACGUGGGCUCGUGCUUCAGGCUGAUGGCGUGCUCUAGGUGGCAAAUCCCUUAUCAAGAGGAUACUUAACAUUCAGUACUUGUUUUAAAAAGUUUUAUUUUUGGUACAGAUAGCAUUUAUCAAGUUUCACACUCACGUGAGUUAAAAACUUGAUCAGUGUUACUAAAUAAAAUCAAGAUGUGGU